AUGAUAAUCUUAAUAUAUAAUCGUGGUGAGAUAGCUUGUCGCAUUUUAAGAACUUGUCAAAAACUUGGUAUUCAAACGGUAGGAAUUUAUACACCUGAAGAUCAAUUUAGUUCGCAUAUAAAGGAGACAGACUUUAAAAUAGAAUUACCGCCAGGAGAUUUAUCUUUUAAUUACUUAAAUGUCGAUUUUAUAAUUGAAAAGUCACUGAAGCUAAAUGUAACCGCAGUUCACCCCGGGUACGGUUUUGUAAGCGAGAGUGCAGAAGCUUGUUUAAAAUUUGAAAAUGCUGGAAUUAUUUGGAUCGGACCAUCGGCGACAAAUAUCGUUGAUUUUUCGAGUAAACAUAUUUCAAAGAAUAUUGCAAAAAGUUGUGGUGUUCCAAUAACUGAUUACGCAAUAGUUGAAUCAGUCGAAAGUUGCUUGAAAGAAUCAGAAAUUGUUGGAUACCCAGUCAUUUUAAAGUUAAGCUCAGGUGGUGGUGGCAUCGGAAUGUAUCGCUGUAAAAAUAAAAAAAUACAAAUCAUUGGUGAUGGAAACGGACAUGUAAUUUCAUUGGCAGAAUUGGCGACGAUAGCUUAUACAGGAAUUGUGAAAAAAGUCUUUCUGGUUGGUUAUCACGACGCUCUUAAAAAUGAUCUCGAUAAUAAUCAGAUACUCCAGCAGGCUUUGAAUGUUUUAGCCGGUGAAGUCUAUCAUCGUUUGGGGUUAGGGUUAGCCCCCCUCGCAGUUGCAUUAUCAACGGUAACUCAUGUUGAUAUGACAAUACCUUCAUAA